GGCAGCACGGGCACCGCGGGCACCGCCGGCUUCGCCCGUCUUUCCCGCAGCGAGGCCGGCCGCGGAAUGAGCGUUCCCCGGGCGGCCGCCGCUGCAGCCUCCACUCGGGCGGGCGGGCGCGCGCAAAGCGCGUCUGCCGGCACUGUCGCCGCAGCGGGUGUGGAGUGAAUGACAGAGAGGGGCGGCGCGGAGAGGCAGCCCUGGGGUCAGGAUGCGGACGCCUGCCAACAUCGUCAACCUCCUGCUGCUGUCCUUGCUGGCCAGCCUCGAUCCGUCCAAGACUCAGAUUAGCCCCAAGGAAGGGUGGCAAGUUUAUAGCUCAGCCCAGGAUCCUGACGGCCGUUGCAUUUGCACUGUUGUUGCACCUGAACAAAACCUGUGUUCAAGAGAUGCCAAAAGCAGGCAACUCAGACAACUGCUAGAGAAGGUUCAGAAUAUGUCCCAGUCUAUCGAAGUUUUAAAUCUACGGACUCAGAGGGAUUUCCAGUAUGUUUUAAAAAUGGAAACACAAAUGAAAGGGCUGAAGGCCAAGUUUCGGCAAAUUGAAGAUGAUCGGAAGACAUUAAUGACAAAGCAUUUUCAAGAGUUGAAAGAAAAGAUGGAUGAGCUCCUGCCACUGAUUCCAGUUCUGGAACAAUACAAAACGGAUGCCAAAUUAAUUACCCAGUUCAAGGAGGAAAUUAGGAAUCUGUCUACUGUUCUCACUGGGAUUCAGGAAGAAAUUGGUGCUUAUGACUAUGAGGAGCUACACCAGCGCGUACUCAGUUUAGAAACCAGGCUUCGAGACUGCAUGAAAAAGCUCACAUGUGGCAAAUUGAUGAAAAUUACAGGCCCCAUUACAGUCAAGAUAUCUGGAACCCGAUUUGGAGCCUGGAUGACAGAUCCAUUAGCAUCAGAGAAAAAUAACCGAGUCUGGUACAUGGAUAGUUACACUAACAAUAAAAUUGUCCGUGAAUAUAAAUCAAUUGCAGACUUUGUCAGUGGGGCUGAAUCAAGGACAUACAACCUUCCAUUCAAAUGGGCAGGAACCAACCAUGUUGUCUACAAUGGCUCCCUCUAUUUCAACAAGUAUCAGAGCAAUAUCAUCAUCAAAUACAGCUUUGACACUGGGCGGGUGCUUGCACAACGUAGCCUUGAGUAUGCUGGCUUUCACAAUGUCUACCCUUACACCUGGGGUGGCUUUUCUGAUAUUGACCUGAUGGCAGAUGAAAUCGGGCUAUGGGCUGUGUAUGCCACCAACCAAAAUGCAGGCAACAUUGUCAUCAGCCAGCUAAACCAGGAUACACUGGAGGUGCUGAAGAGCUGGAGCACAGGCUACCCAAAGAGAAGUGCUGGAGAAUCCUUCAUGAUCUGUGGCACCUUGUAUGUUACUAACUCUCACUUAACAGGAGCCAAGGUCUACUAUUCUUAUUCCACAAAAACCUCCACUUAUGAGUAUACAGACAUUCCUUUCCAUAAUCAGUAUUUUCAUAUAUCCAUGCUUGACUACAAUGCAAGAGAUAGAGCUCUCUAUGCCUGGAAUAAUGGACAUCAGGUCCUGUUUAAUGUCACCCUUUUCCAUGUCAUUAAAACUGAAGAUGACACAUAAUUUCAUUUUCCUUCCUUUUCCCUUACCUCCCUUCCUCAAAGCAGUGUCAUUUGUGAUAAACUCUAAAACCAUCCAUCUCUCUCAGUUCCUUUUAAUUUACAUUUCUUUUUUCAUUAAGGAAAAGCAACAUUUUCAACCAUAUAAUGCAUUUCAAAUAGGGCUGAACCUGUCAAAAAUGACCUAUUGGAAAUAAAAGCAUCUUAACUUAUGAUUCUGCAAGGUCACACAUGACCUUGUCUUGAAAAGCACUAAAGAGGAUUUAAGUGGCUAAAGACAGUUCUUGAAAGAUUAUGACCUGCCUUAUUUUAGAGUUAGAGACUAACGGUGGCUUACAUGCAUGAAUGUCUUUUUUUUACCUCAUUUUUUUGUUUGAAUCUAUUGCUCAGCUUCAGGUAGUGUCAGACACAUACUGCACAUUGUAUUUUUUUAUUUGUAUUUAUUUAUUCCAGAAGAAAGAUUUAGGAAUUUCAUUGACUUGGACAUGGAGUCUGAUUCAUUUUGCCAUUACCCAGUUUCAGAUGUGGUGCUGUAUGGUAUGUUUUUAAAUCUCUUGCAAACAUUUUAUCCACAGUGUAUUUCUAUCAUUGUAACCACCAUUGUGCAAUUGUAUCUCUUCACAUAUGUGAAAGUAAACUAAGUACUAUUUUUUAUAAAAUAUAUUGAAGGUUAAUUGCAGUUCUGGCUAUGGGUCAAUUGAAAAUGGUUAAACUCUGAGAAAUAGUUGUUAUUUAUGAGGAAGACCAAUAGCUUCUCAGGUGCAUGAUCCUUAUUCUCAGUUUCUUUGGGUAGACUUCUUCUUACUGACAAAUCUGCAGCUUUGAAGCCUUAUACUAAUCCCAGUUUUAUAUUUGUUUGCCCUUCCCAAUUUUUAUCUCAUGCUGCUGGUUUCUCUCUCUCUAUCUCUUUCCCACUCUCUUUUGUUCCACCAUUUAAUUUCCCUUGUUUAUGCUCACUCCCUGAUCUGGGCUUUACAAAGUGUAAAGUGAGUGAGUGCACUCAGUAAUCAUGCUGUUCUGGGGCAGGAAGGAGCCAUGUUUGAAGUCUAGUUGCUGUCCUUAGUCUUCCUGUCUUCUUACUCAUAAUAGAAGAACAUGUAUCUGUUGACAGAGCUCUUCUCUGGGAUGACAGUUACUGGGGAGAAAAUACAAACAAAAAGGUUCAGAGCCUAAAUGAUCAAUGCGGCGCUGGUAGCCACCAUAUUGCUUGCCCUUGAUAGAAAGUAGCCACAACACUGAGGCCAACCUCUUGCAAAGAGGCUUGGGUUGUGCUACCAGAAAUACUGUUACUUAUGGUCACAAACCAUGCCUUUAAGAAACAUAUUUCUGAAAGAUAUAUGGUUUGCUACACUAUGUCAUUUGAAAUUGGGAAGAGGAGCAUGUUUUAUUGAGAAGAAGGAAUGAGGUGCUACUUACCUGUUUGAGCAUAAAUGGAAAAAACUAACAUAACUAAUAUAAGAACAAGUAUAUGACUUUAUUAAGCUGGACUAUUACAUAAUGCAAAAAGACAGGUAUCUGAAAAGCUGUGUGAAAGCUGCAUUCCUCACAAACUCUGAGAUUCUCCUCUUUAUACUCUUGGAAAUUGGGCUCACAGAAAAGCAAGAACACUUAUUGAAGAACACUAAAAAAUUAAAUGCACUGACUUUUUGCCAGUCUAUUUUGAAGACAUUUGAUUUGCUGAUUCUUCCAACAUACCAGCUGAGACCACCUGAAGGCUCAUGAAUGUUUUCAUCAUUACAAAUAUAUGUGUCUAUAUACAAGUCUGCAUUACAAUAUAAGCCCACAUGAAA